AUUUUAUUUUUCCUCUCUAUAUAAUCAAAAACAUUUCUUACUCUUUCCCUCUUCCACAUAACUCAUAUCAACCUUCGCCGGGAAAAAUGGCUCUCGUGCGAUUUAUCUCUCUCCUCACCGUCACUCUCUCUCUUUUCCUCACCACGACCUAUGCUUCAUCACGUUCUCUAUCCACCCCACCUGAAACGACUGUGCUCGACGUCGUUUCAUCUCUCCAGCAAACACAAAGCAUCCUCUCACUCGACCCGAGUCGUUCCUCACUCACCUCCACCAGACCCGAAUCCGAAUCCUUAUUCGACCCGGUUUUCCUCAACUCGUCUUCACCACUGUCUCUAGAGCUUCACUCCCGAGACAUUUUCGUCGCGUCGCAGCACAAAGACUACAAGAGCCUGGUACUGAGUCGUCUCGAGCGUGACUCAUCCCGAGUCAACGGAAUCGCCGCAAAAGUCCGAUUCGCCGUCGAAGGGAUCGACAGAUCCGAUCUCAAACCCGUUUCCAACGAGGAUACACGGUACCAGCCCGAGGAUCUAACAACGCCUGUCGUCUCUGGAGCAUCCCAAGGAAGCGGAGAGUAUUUCUCAAGAAUCGGAGUCGGAACUCCGGCGAAAGAGAUGUACUUGGUGCUCGACACCGGAAGUGACGUGAACUGGAUCCAGUGUCAACCUUGCUCCGACUGUUACCAACAAUCCGACCCGGUUUUUAGCCCGACUUCGUCGUCCACGUACAAAUCACUCACUUGCGCUGCUCCUCAGUGCUCUCUUCUCGAAACCUCCGCUUGUCGCUCAAACAAGUGUCUCUACCAAGUUAGUUAUGGUGACGGAUCCUUCACCGUCGGUGAAUUCGCUACCGAUACGGUGACGUUUGGUCAGUCCGGUACACUAAAGGACGUAGCUUUGGGAUGCGGUCACGACAACGAAGGUCUCUUCACCGGAGCAGCCGGUUUACUCGGUUUAGGAGGUGGAGCUUUGUCAAUGACCAAGCAGAUGAAAGCGACGUCGUUCUCUUACUGCCUCGUCGACCGUGACUCGGGUAAAUCGUCGAGUCUUGAUUUCAACUCGGUCCAACUCGGAAGCGGAGACGCGACGGCGCCGCUUCUACGUAACCAAAAGAUCGACACUUUCUACUACGUCGGGCUCAGCGGGUUCAGCGUCGGUGGUCAGAAAGUCACGAUACCUGACUCGAUCUUCGAAGUCAGCACUUCGGGAACCGGAGGAGUGAUCUUGGAUUGUGGAACCGCCGUGACUCGUCUUCAGACAGAGGCCUAUAACUCGCUUCGCGACGCGUUUAUUAGACUCACCGCGAAUCUCAAAAAGGGGACCUCGAGCAUCUCUUUAUUCGACACGUGCUACGAUUUCUCGUCGCUCUCCACCGUGAAAGUACCGACGGUGGCGUUUCAUUUCACAGGAGGUAAGUCGCUAGAUUUGCCGGCGAAGAAUUAUCUGAUCCCAGUAGAUGAUAGUGGAACGUUCUGCUUCGCUUUUGCUCCGACGUCGUCGUCGUUGUCGAUCAUCGGAAACGUGCAGCAGCAAGGGACACGUAUCACUUACGAUCUAGCGAAUAAUCGUAUUGGACUGUCAGCGAAUAAAUGCUAGAAAAAAGAAAAGUAGACAAAUUAAUAGUUUUACAGAUAUAUCAGUAAAACUUUUUUUAUGGGAAGUACGGAAACAGGAAGAAGAUGAAGAAAAACAAAUCUUUUUAAGUGUGAAUUUUUCCUUUUCUAUGUCUUUUUUUUUUUGCUUCUUAAUUAAUCAUAAGUUAUUUCUCAAUAUUUUAUCGAAAUAAUAAUAGGAUUAGUUAUUUACUUAUGUAUAAUUAAGUUUGAAAAUGAAGUUGUUGUCUCAGCAAGCUC